UAGAUAGAACACAUUUCCCCAAACUCCUCCUCCACACCCUUCGAACAUAUGGAAACAUCAUUUUCCGAUUCCUCUUCCAUCCCAAACUCCUUUGCUUUGAUGGUAGCCUCCACGGUAUCCGAAAUCUUACAAACACCACAUCCUCCACCAAAAGUCCUUCUCUCAUCCACUUCUAGGUACCCGGCUACCAUUCUAGCAAAAUCUUAGUCAUCAUCGACCGACGUUAGCAAGUUGUUUUAGAUCCGAGGAAAAGUGGCCGAUACCUAAAACGAUGAAGCUUCUCAAAGACCGGGCAUAGGAGAGUCAUUAAAGGUAUGAUUCCUACAGUAUUCAGUUUAUUGAUUUGAAUUUGAAACUGAAAAUUUUAUUUUAUCAAUGAGAUGGACGGAGAUUCCGCUGAAAUUUUAGACAUGUCCUAAUCGAGGCGCUGCUGAAAGGCAAAUGGUCCUCAAAAUUAUUUCAGUUGCUUGGAAAACGUAAUUGGAAUGCUGCAAUUUGUGUAAACUCCAUCCUAAAUUCCUAAUCUGACUCUAUUUAAUGUUUAAAAGCUCAUGUGUUGACGUGAAAUCAUUGAUAUGUCUGAAGUGGCUAAACUCUAUCAAACAUGUCUAAUUCUUAUAAUCCUGAUUAUAUUUAUCAAUAUUUAAAAGCUCUAGUGUGGAAUUAGAAACAAAUAACCCCCAUAUUUUUUAAUCAUUAUAGUAUAAACUCAUGAAUCCAAAUAAAUAGUUUUCUCGAAUUGGCUAAACUCUCGCUAAUUUGCGUCUUUUUCUUUUAUAACAUAAUCUCCCAAAAAUGAAAACAAUGAUUUCCUAGGGACAACUAAAAUUUGCAAAAGGUGUAUACCUUUAAAUUAAAUUUCAUAAAAUAAUCACCUGAAAUUAAACCAAUGAAUUGUUUGGUCUUUGCUAAACUCUAUCAAUUUGCAUAUUCCAUUCUUUUUUAUGUGCGGAGUACUAUAUAUUAAAAACUCAAAAAUUAUAUUAUUGGUUAUUUAUACUAUAGGAAAUAUAUUGGUUUUCCUAACACUAACUUAGUGAUUAUCUUUCUAAAAUGAAACCUACACACAGGGGCGGAUGGAGAAAGUCACAAUGAGGUGGGCUGGGAAAAAAAUUGAAAUACACAUAUAUAAUAAUAAGUCAAGUCGUCAACACUUACAAAUUCAUUAAAACAUCAUUUAAGUUGUGCCCUACGCGACUUCAAAGUAUAAAAUUCAUCAAUAAUAGAAUCUAUAUCUAUAUUAUUGACAAAGUCUCGUUCAAUGUAGAUCAUCAAUGAAUCUUCAAGAAAAUCGUCUCCCAUUUUGUUACGAAGUGCCGUCUUCACAUGCUUCAUUGCUGAAAAUGCUCUUUCCGUAGUAGCAGUAGAAACAGGUAGGGUCAAAACUAGACGAAUUAGUCUCGUCAACAUAACAUAGAUUUCUGAUUUCCCACUCUGCGUCAAAUGUUGACAUAACUCAACAAGUGUGGACGCUUCAGAUGUUGAAACAAUAUCAUGCUUGUAGUGAAUCAACUCAUAGUCAAGUGAGACAAUGUCUUGAUCAGUGAAAUCUGCAGGAUAAAACUUUUUUGCAAGUUUACAGAUAUCCUCACUGUUAAAUGAGCUGAAGGAGUUCUUGGGAUCCAAAGAAAGACUAAGUUGAAGAAGUUCCAUGAAUGUAUCAUUAAAGCGCGUGCCUAACUCAAUCAAAGUAAAAUCAAUCGCUUCAUUGAAGACAUCAAAAUGAUAAUGAUGUUCUAUUGUUGGUUGGAAACGAGAACGCCCAAUCUUAUAUGGAUCACCCAAAUUUGGAACAUCAAUAUCAUUUGAAGAGCAAAAACUCUUCACUUCUUUAAGAACCUCCUCCCAACCAGAUGCUCUUAACUCUGCAAGGAUAGUUUUAGUAGUACCAACGAAUGUAAUAGCACUCAAAAUAUCAAGAGUUUUUUUUGAAGAACCUGGCAAAGAGUAUCAGUUAUUCUCAGAAGUUUAUGCAUCAAGUAUAAGACAAACACAAAUUCAAAGCUUGCCAUUUUUCUAUAGGUCCCAAGAACUUCAGCUUUAGAUCUUCCAUUUGGAGAGUUCUCAACCAAAUGUUCAAACACUUUGCAAGUUGCGGCAUACAUGUUUAUCAAACUCUUCACGGAGCUAUAGUGAGAACCCCAACGAGUAGAUCUGGAUCGUUGCAAAUUACCAACUUAAUUUGCACCACGUCCCAACUCGCGUUCCCCGGUUGCUAAUAACUUCUCAAUUUCACUUCUUUGAGACACGUGCAACUCCGAUACCCGCUUUGGUGAAGAAGUGAUAUAUUAACAAUAUUAUCCAAAUGAGAGAAGAAUUCCCAAAUUAAGCUAACAUCCUUAGCCGCAGAAACCAACGAAAGUUGUAAGCGAUGUGCAAAACAAUGAAUGUAAUAUGCAUAAGGAAAAUCUCUACGAAAUAAUGCCUGAAGGCCAUUAAAUGAACCUCGCAUAUUACUCCCACCAUCAUAACCUUGGUCUCUCAUUUUUGAAAGUUGGAGGUCAUGAUUACCAAGCACAUCACAUAUUUUACCUUUCAAGGUACUUGCUACAGUGUCACUAACACUUCUGAUGGCAAAGAACCGCUCUGUAAGAAUUCCCCUGCUGUUCACAAACCGUAUAAUAAUCGCCAUCUGCUCAUGUUUAGAUAUAUCUUGUGCUUCAUCAACAAGAAUGCAGAAACAACUAUUUGCAAUUUCUUCACGAACCAUUUGACGAAAUCUAUUUGCCAUUAUAUUCAAGAUCUCUUUUUGAAUGUCGGGAGCAAUGUACUGAGCAUUUUUAGGAGCAUUCUCAAGUACAACUUCAUGAACUUUGGUAUUCAUAGUCGCAAAAGCUUUCACUAGUUCAAUAAAAAUUUCCCGAUUUGAUGAUGUUACAGAUUCAUCAUGACCUCUAAAGGCACAACCUUGAAGUGCCAACCAUCGAACAGUUAUAAUAGAAGUUCUCAAUCGCAAACGAUUUUUCUUCUUUUCUUGUUGCGAUUGGGCAUGAAAAACAUUCUUAAUAUGGCCAGAUGGUUGGCUCAAAUUUUCAGCUCUUUGAACACACAUCAUAUGAGGUGAUUUUUCUGAAAUACCAAUGUGUUGAAGAAAUGCACAUUGACUUCCUUGAUUUACCCUCUUCCAACUUUGAAAUCCUUCGUUAACUAAUGCAGAAGUAGUAUGCAUAUGAAUGUCACUCAAGAAAAGGAAGCAGAAAAAACAGUAAGCUUUAUCAGUCACAGGUGAAUACUCUAAUCAAUUAAACUUGUCAAACCAGUGUUUCUGAAAACUUCGGUUUUGAGCUCCAAACUUUUUCACUGGAUAAGCUUCCAUUCUCGGUUGAUAAGGCCCAACAUUUAGAUAUGCACGUCUAACUUCAUCUCGCACAUUAACAUGGUAUUCAAGAAUUUGUUUUCUUUUUCCCGGAUCCCUCUCAAUGGAAAAAGAUGAAGGCAACUCAAAAUUGGAGAUAGAUUGGAUUUCAGGGACUAGGACAUGUGAAGAAACCUCAUUGACUAGAUCUUGCACUAUCGUAGGUAUAGGUUCAGAACUUCCUUCACCGGUUUGACAAUUCACUUUUGAAAAGAAUGAUGAAAUCAACUUCUUUCCCUUCUUGGCAACAUGUUCAUUAUCCAUUCUAAAAAAACAUUUUCAAUAUUGGUAUAAAUUAAAAAACUUAUAUAUAAAAUAUAUAACAGAUUCACUCAUUCACUCUAAAAUGCACAAUUCACAUAUUCACUCUAAAAUUACUGGUAUUGUUCACCCUAAAAUGCACAAUUCACAUAUUCACUCAUUCAAAGUUCACUGAUUCACAGCAGAAGUUCAUAACUUCACUGAUUCACAAAUCAAAAUUCAACACCAGUCACCAUUUACAUCAAGUCACCAAGAGGCAAAAGUCCAAGAGGAUUUACCUGGUCUGGACUGCUGAGGGCUGAAUGCUGAUAAAUCGAGACUCGAGAAAGGGAGGCAGUCGGGCAGAGGAAGAGGCGGCUCCGACUCGGCGUGUCGCUGCUGUUCACGUCUCCGGCACGGCGGCAACUCAGCACCGGCGGCACGCGGCAGGUUCGCUGCUUCAGUCGGUUCGUCACUUCGUCGGUCGUCCACUCGUCCCUUGAAGCCUUCGUUCGACACUUCGACCGCAAGUCCGCAGGCGUAAGCGGUAAGCCGUAAGGGCCUCAGGGGAAAGAUGUGGGCUGCUUUUUCUGGGCUGGGCUGGGAAUUAUUUGUGGGGUGGGCUGACAUUUAAAUUUAGGGUGGGCUGAGAAUCGAAAAUAUACCAAUACUAUUAAAAAAAAAUUGGGCUGGGCUGAAGCCCACCCCUGGCCAGGCUACCAUCCGCCCCUGCCUACACAUCAUCUUACACAUAUCUUACUGAAAUGGCUAAACUCUGCCUAAUCUGCCGAACUUGUAUUGAGAAUCUGAAUUGCUGGUCAAUUUUUCAGGAUUUUUAAUCUCAAAUGUAGAACUACAAAAAAAAACUGCCCAUUUUUUUGGGGUUGGGUAAACAACAAUUUCCUCAGAGAUUUUCUGGAAAAUGAAAACAAUAAUUUCAUGGGCAUUGGUAAAAUCUGCCGAAGAUGUAUACAUUUUUAGAUAUGAUAAUAUAAUCUCAUGAAGUGAAACCAAUGAAUUGUUGGUUUUUGCUAAAAAUAAAUUGUUGGUCUUUCCUAAGCUCUAUCAAUUUGCCUAUUUUAUCUUCUCUAUAUACUUAAAACUCAGAAUUAUAUUAUAGGUGAUUUAUACUCUACUAAACAUUUUGAAUUUUCCAACACUAACUUAGUGAUUAUCAUUCUAAAAUGACACCUAUAAAUAAUCUUAAACAUGUCUUACUAAAAUGGCUAAAAUCUGCCUAAUCUGUCUAACUUGUCUUCAUAUCUGUCUAACUUGUCUUCAUAAUCUGAAUUACUGGCCAAUUUUUCAGGUUUUUAAUCUCAAAUGUAGAAUUGCUAACAAACAAUCUGCCUAUUUUUUGGGGUUGGCUAAACAGAGAUUUCUUGAAUGAUAAUUUCUGGAAAAUGAAAACAGUGAUUUAGUGGGCAUAGCUAAAUUGUGCCUAAGUUCUAUAUCCUUUAUCUGCUAAUAUAAUAUCCUGAAAUGAUAUCAAUGAAUUGUUGGCUUUUGCGUACUCUAUCACACUGCCUAUUUUUUUCUUCUCUGUUACUCUAGUAAACUUUAAGAUUAAGCCAAAAUGCUUUCAGGCUUAAUCUGCUAAUAUAAUAUCAUAAAAUGAGUAUCAAUGAAUUGGUUUGGCCUUGGCUUACUCUAUCACGAUGCCUAUUAUAUUCUUCUCUUUAUACUCUAGUAAACUUUAAAAACUUUCGAUUUUUCUUCCUUCGCUUGUGCUUCUUAAAAUGGUGUUUUCUUUGUGCUUCUUCAAAUCUUUGGCCAACUAAGAUGAAUGUACCCCUGAGCUGCUGGAAUAAAAUCUCUCAAUAAUAGUAAAGAUGAAAAACACAGCUUAGCAAAAAAAGCAGCAUGUCUGGUUUUGGGUGACAUGCAAUUUUCAUUUAGGGACUACCUUUCAAGACUCAUUGUUGGAUUAAGAAGGGGAAAAAGACUCUAAUAGGAGUUUAACAUAGGUUUUGUAUGCAAAUAGGAGCUCUAACUUUUUAAACCCUAAAUAAGACCUAAUUUUAUCCGGACGGACAAAAAUACCCCUACCUUCUUUAUUCCCGAUCUACCUUCUGCGCACACUAGCUAACUCUAACUCAGAUGACCUGCGCGCAUGCUCUGCUCUCCAACUGCUCGCAUGCUUUGCUCUCCAACACCAUCGGUUCAACUGAUUUGCCGACAACUACGUGAAACAUUUGGCGAGCAGAUUAUCACAUUCUUGAAGGAUGCAAGUCUCCGUCGCUGCGUUCACUGCCGGUCUGCCGAUGGUUCUCGCCAGAGUUGUCGCCGGUUUGAGACGUAAACCAGAGUCGGCGCCGAUCUGCCGAUGGUUCUAGCAGGGCACAAAUUUUUUUUUCGUUCACUGACCUGCUCCUACUCCUGCUUCUUUUUUUUGUGCCCAGCGCAAGUCACCCUCUUCCUUGGAUUUGUUAUGGACCGUGCAAUUCCUUGCAAUGCCUCUUAACUUUCAUUUUUGUGGUUGUUUGAUUUGACUUUUCAAUCCAGUACUUCUUUUUGCCUUUUAACUUUCAAAGUUAUCAUUUGAGUACUUUUUUUUGCCUUCUAACUUUUCAAAAGUUUUCGUACGUAUUAUUUUUGCUUUUUUUGGGAUUUUGCAAAUUAAUCUAUUUAAAUUAACAUUUGAAUAUUAUUUGAAAUAGAGUAUGAUGGCAUUGUUUAAACAUCAAUAUUAUUAAAUCACAAUAUAGAAUGAUGUCAUUGUAUUAAAAAAUCAAAAUAGAGUAAUUGCUUAAAAUCAAUGUCAUUGUUUAAAUAAUGACACCGUAAUGAUGAAAAUGUGAAUUACUCGUACAAUGUCAUAAGAAUGUCAAUUACAAAGUCAUAAGAAUGUCAAUAGAAAACAAUGUCAUAAGAAUGUCAAUGACAAUGUCAUAAGAAUGUCAAUAAAAAACAAUGUCAGUGACAAUGUCAUAUGUAUGUCAAUGACAAUGUCAUAAGAAUUUCAAUGACGAAGUCAUAAGAAUGUCAAUAGAAAACAAUGUCAAUGACAAUGUCAUAAGAAUGUCAAUGACAAUGUCAUAAGAAUGUCAAUAAAAAACAAUCUCAAUGACAAUGUCAUAUUAAUGUCAAUGACAAUGUCAUAAGAAUGUCAAUGAUGAAGUCAUAAGAAUGUCAAUAGAAAACAAUGUCAAUGACAAUGUCAUAAGAAUGUCAAUGACAAUGUAAUAAGAAUGUCAAUGACAAUGGCAUAAAAAUGUCAAUAACAAUCUUAUAAGAAUAAUAAUGAAAGUGGAACAGAACAUUUAUAACAAUGUCAUAACAUACAGAGUAAACAUAGAAUAAAACAUAGCACUCUUAUUCUCUCAAAAAAACAAAACAAAACAUGGAGUAGCACUUGCUGUAUGUAGAAACAACGCACUUAGGAUACAAAUUAAAAUUGGAAGUUACAAUAUGACAUUAAUGUCCAAAUAUUAAUCCCAAUAUCCAAACAAAGUCCAAAUAUCCAAAUAGCUGUUGGGCAUCGAACCAAUUAAGGUCCCAGACCUAGCAAAAUUGUUCAAUCCCAAUUCAGAGCUUCCAGGGUGCCGGCCUAUGAAAGGCCAUCCACUUUCCGCAUUCAACAAUCUGCAGGCCAAUCAAUCUCAGAAGCAGCAAGCAUUUCAGACCUUCUACCGAGUAUGUAUGUUGUUCCUUUCCUCUUUCGGCCUCUAGAACCAUUUCCAUUAGGCAAGCUCCUCACCAAUCCACAAUCAGGAUUCUCAAAGCUACAAUCAUUGAAUCGUCCAACAUUUACCCCAUCACCACACUGCACAUUACAAGUGUUCAUGACAUACAAUCCUAUAGAAGAAAGGUUGAUAUCAUCAAAAACUAUGUUCUGAUAACUUUCCACUCUUCUUCAAUGGCAAAAAAAUUAAAGAAAACAAAAUAUGUAAAAAAUGAUUGAAAAUGAAAAUAAUUAAAUAAAACAAAACUAUAAAAAGAAUAAAUAAUAAUUUAAAAAUGACAGAAAAAUCAUACAAAACAAAAACCGGAAAAGUUACAACUUCAAAAAGAACAUUACUCCAAAAGAUCGAAACGAAAGGAAAGAAUGAAGUAAAAGCAAAAUAUAACUCCGUAGCAAAUUUUACCAAAAAAAACUAUGCAGCAGAUCUGCUCUCAAAAACAACUCCCCAGCAGAUAGGUACGUGCCUCAAGCAGAAAGAGGGAAAGGAGAAUAAGGAGGGCCUGGUGCGCCGACGUCGCUGCACUUUGUCUUCUCCGCCAUGCCUCAUCUCAUCAUCGGAUCUAUCUACGCCGCCGUCUACGCGUCUCUGUUAUUCUCUACGAAGCCGAGCCACAUGGUCUUCUGUUUCCUUGUGAAAGAGGAAGAAAAUAUUGUUCGGAAGACAAACAGAGGGGAAUAUCGAUCGAGAUUGAUGCGGCAGAGUCUUAGCCGUAAAUUCCAUACGGAUAAAUUAAAGGGCAACUUUGUCAAGUAAUGUAAAAAUAGUCCUAUUUAGGUAUAUAAAAAGACGCGGUCCUAUUUAAAUACACGGCUGAAUUUUUAGUCCUAUUGGGGACCAUUUCUCAUUAAGAAGUAGGUGAUCCAGCAUAUUAGUAAAACAUUUUAUAAUGCUUUAGAAAAUAGGUGACCCAAUAUAUUAUUAAUAAAAAUAAAUUCUAUUCACACCAACCAUUUUACUAAAUACAACCACAUAUUUUUUUUUUCAAAUCCAUUUAUUCCUUUGGCCCCCUAUAUUCCCGUACAUCCAAACCAAAGACUUUGAAGCUGAAGAUUGUGGUCCGGAAACGGCUGCCUAGAGACUCGUAACUCGCAUUGGGCUGCAACUUGAGGUGUUCUCAUCACUAAAGACGGUGGGUGGUACAGUUGUCACUAGGGGGAGGCCGGAGGGGGCAUAUAGUUAAGAGCAGGUGGCAGCCGGGCAUCUUGGGUCCGACACUACCUUGGAAUUAACUGCCGCCGCCGCACGCUACGUCGCCCAUGGGUGGUGUUGGCAAGCUCGGUGACGGAGGAAGUGAUCCGUUCGGCGACCUCCAGGCUCCAGCCUCUUCUUUGUUUCCCGGCAAGAGCUCCGGUGUUCGUCCCCCCUUCUCCGACGAUGUAGAGUAGGUAUUUGUACACGCUCAUAUGUUAAAAAGAUGAGAAAUAUAAAAGAAGAGGAUGGAGAAAAUGGCAUUUGGAAGUGAGAAAAUAUGCCACACCCAAACUAAAAGAAGUUUUGAAUGUGUUUAUAAGCCCACCAAAAAGAGUAUUGAUUACUUGUUUAAGUUCUUAUGUCCUUAAUAAGUAAGUAAAUAUAUCCAUUUCAUCUGCAAUUCGUAUGUAUGUCCUCAUAAUCAUUAGAUUAUAAGAGAAUAUAAAUGCGAAUUGCAGAUGAAAUGGACCUAUUCACUUCAAUGUUAUUGAUACUUUUUUGAAUAAUAAUUUGUUUUUUUGAGUUUAGUAAUAGAAAUAUAAUCAUACAUCUAGAUUUUGAAGGGAAAAUGAAAAUGUAGAUUAUAUGGAAAAUUGAAGGAAAAAUUAGAGUUUUUUCUGAAUUAAUGCUAAUUAAAUAAACAAAUAAAUAGGAAAUUAGAGUUGAGUUAAAAAUAAUUUCCAAAAUUUUGUUGGUUGAACCCAAGUAACUUUUGAAAUUUGGGUGGGAGUUAAUAUAAUACGUAGUAUAUAGUCUCAUAUUAUUGUGUCAAUACCCAAUUUAAUCCUAUACUAUUAAUUUGGUGAGCUUUUGUCCUCAGACUUUCAAUUUUCUUUUUCAAAAUUUAAUCCUUUAUUGUUUUAUUCUACAAAAAAUAACAAAAUUAGUACCACUAUGAGUCCGUUUGGUAACACUGAAAUCGGCUGAAAUUUAUAAAGUUAUGGAUUAGCUGAAGUGACUACAUUGGUUGAUUCUACUUAUUUAUGAAAAAAAAUAUAUUUAAAAUAUAUUUUAUUAAUAAAUUAAAGAAAAAAUUGUACUAGAUUAGUCUUUUAUGUAAUCGGGCCUAUCAGGCCCAUAUUAGCAGCCCAACCCAUUAUUUCUCUAUUUAUACUCCUUUUGGAGCUUGUAACCCUAGAACACAACUCAUUCAUACAUUACUAUUCAUCAUCCUCUCUACUCCAUAGCUCAAAUCUCUCCUAAUUAUAUAUGUUUGGAUCCUAAUAAUCCAUCAAUGGUGCUCUCAUUGAGAGUUUUGAGCAAAAUCAAGUAAGAAAUCCUCCCAAAACAUACUUCCUCCUUCUCGGAAUUAUCUUCGUACUUUCCUUUUCGGUCUGUCCCAAAUUUAUCUCUACUUUCCCUUUUUAGCAAAGAAAUUGUGGUUCACAAUCAUUCUCACACAUUCUUACACAUUUCUCUUUCCUCUGCAAAACUCUCCACCACACAUUUCCCACUAUCUUAAUCUGUGUGCCAUUUGUACUUCAAGAGAUAAAUAUGGGACGGAGGGAGUACAAAAAAAUCAAGCAAAACAAUUUUGGAAUUAUCAGCAAAAAAACUCUGAAGUUCGAGAUCUGGAAAGGAUGGACGCUCGUAGUUCAGGUACGGACCAACCCAGCGGCAGCCGGCGAACGGUCCCGAGUGUAAACUCUGCCAGCUCUGUCACAGCGCCACCACCUGGUCACUACGCCCCGGCCUCUUCGCCGAUUCGCCGCCCCCAGCUCGUUCUUGCAGCUACAACAUCGUCGGACACCUAUGGCAGCUGGCUCUACCACUUCGCCGGCCAUCAGUCUGCCUCUUUGCCUCCGUUUGCCCCAAGUCUCGUGCAAGGUUUCCGCCAAAAUGGUGGUUUGGAAGCUCUGCUCGCGACCCAAGGAUCUACAAUAACAGCCGAUUUUGACUAAGGUCACACCCCAAAUCUGGAAAUGCUGGGCCAAGGCUCGCUAAAGCUCGGGGCAUCACGGUAAUGGUCUGGGUCUCGAGAUUUUAAUCUCAGGCAGAUGCUAGGGCUCCAGGGACAGAGACAGACGCUCGAGGACUAACUGCCCUCGUUGACUCCUUCCGGCCGAGGGAAUAGCAACCCCCCUCGGCCGAGCCUGAAAGAAGGAUACCCAUUCCUCGCUCAAAGAAGUAGAGGAAGAAAUAAAAGAUGGACAACCGAAGGACCGUGCACUCGCCGGGCCUCAAGCGAAAUCCCCACAAAUCAAAAGAGGGAAGCCGAGGACCGCGCACUCACCGACCUCGAGCGAUAAAAAUAAAAUCCCCACAAAUCAAGCCACAUAUUUGGCUAAGUACAUAUCAGGCAAAUACAAUGCAUUAUGGACGGAGCAAGACCAUACAUGAGGAUCAGACGAGCGCCACCCCUCAUCUUCAGACGAGCGCCUAGUGCCGUCCCUCAUCUUCAGAUGAGCGCCCCAGCGCCAUCCCUCAUCUUCAGACGAGCGCCUAGCGUCGUCCCUCAUCUUCAGACGAAUUCCCAACGUCGUCCCUCAUCUUCAGACGAGCGCCCAGCGCCAUCCCUCAUCUUCAGACGAGCGCCCAGCGCCAUCCCUCAUCUUCAGACGAGCGCCCAGCGCCGUCCCUCAUCUUCAGAUGAGUGCCCAGCGCCGUACCUCAUCUUCAGACGAGCGCCCAAUGCCGUUCCUCAUCUUCAGACGAGCGCCCAACGCCGUCCCUCAUCUUCAGACGAGCGCCCAGCGUCGUCCCUCAUCUUCAGACGAGCACCCAGCGCGAUCCCUCAUCUUCAGAAGAGCGCCCAGCGCCAUCCCUCAUCUUCAGACGAGCGCCCAGUGUCGUCCCUCAUCUUCAGACGAGCGUCCAAACCUAGUCCAUCAUCGGACCGGCUCCGCUACCCUUCAUGUUCAGUCCGGCGUCAACGCAUUUCCCUUCCUCACAUCACGACCAGCCCCUCGACUAUGGCGUGAAUGCGUGAUGCUCUAUCUUAAGACCGGUCUUAGGCAUUCCUUUACCGGAUGGCGACCGUUGCAUGGAUUGUAGGACCGGCUCCUCAUCGCCGUCGUCCUCACAUCACGACCAGCCCCUCGGCUAUGGCAUGAUGCUCUAUCUUAAGACCAGUCUUAGCCAUUCCUUUACCGGAUGGUGACCGUUGGAUGGAUUGUAGGACCGGCUCCUCAUUGUUGUCGCCUCACAUCACGAUCGGCCCCUCGGCCUCAGCGUUAUUAUCUAUCUCAAGACCGGCUUCCUCGGCGCCAGGAGUCUUGAGCUAGCGAUUGGGCUCGCCAUCCCUUCCUGGAUGGUCACCAUCGCCACUAUAUGACGACCGGAUCAUCAUCGCCUCGUCAUCAUAUUUCGGAUUGGCUCCUUCUCAUCACCAUCUGCACAUCACGACCGGCCCCUCAGCCUCGGCGUGACUAUCUAUCUCUAGACCGCCUUCCUCAACGCCGAGAGUCUUGAGCUAGCGAUCGGGCUCACCAUCCCAUCCUGGAUGGUGACCAUCGCCUUUGUAUGAUGAUCAGCUCAUCAUCGCAUCGUCAUCAUAUUUCGGAUUUGCUCCUUCUCAUCGCCAUCCGUGCAUCACGACCGGCCCCUCAGCCUCGGCGUGAUUAUCUAUCUCAAGACCGGCUUCCUUAGCGUUGAGUCUUGUGCUAGCAAUCGGGCUCACCAUCCCUUCCUGGAUGGUGACCAUCGCCUUUAUAUGAUGAUUGGCUCAUCAUCGCCCCGUCAUCGUAUUUCGAACUGGCUCUUCAUCAUCGCCGUCCGCACAUCACGACCGUCCUUUCGGCCUCGGCGUGAUUAUUUAUCUCAAGAUCGGCUUCCUCAGCGCCGAGAGUCUUGAGCUAGCGAUCGGGCUCGCCAUCCCUUCCUGGAUGGUGACCAUCGUCUCUAUAUGACGACCGGCUCAUCAUCGCCUCGUCAUCAUAUUUCGGAUUGGCUCCUUCUCAUUGCCAUCUGCACAGCACGACUGGCCCUUUGGCCUUGGUGUGAUUAUUUUUUCAAGACCGGCUUCCCAACGCCGAAGUCUUGUUAUAGCGAUUGGGCUCGCCAUCCCUUCCUGGAUGGUGACCAUCACAUCUAUAUGACGGUUGGCUCAUCAUCGCCCUGUCAUCAUAUUAUCGGACCGACUCCUCUUCAUCGUCGUCCGCUCAUCAGCGUCGUCGUCUUCAUAUUCAGACCGGCUCCUCAGCGCCAUCGUCCUCAUAUUCAGACAGGCGUACACCGUCUUGUCCUCAUAUUCAGAUAUAGCGAACAUCUUGCGGUCUCUGGCUGAAAGGCUAAAGGAGCCCAGAGUUCAGUCAUAGGCCCAAUCAGCCAUAUAUCGCUCUGCCAUCUUUAUUUGAUGACGCGAAGCUCAUUUACAGGCCCAAUCGGCCAUAUACCGCCCCAUCAUCUUUUAUUUGAUGACGUGAAGUUUAUUUGUAGGCCCAUCGGCAACAUAUCGAUCCGUCAUCUUUAUUUGAUGACGCGAAGCUCAUUUACAGACCCAAUCGGUCAUACAUCGCCUCGUCAUCUUUAUUUGAUGACAAUGGGCUCUCAUAUAGGCCUCUCGACCAUCGCCCCGUCAUCUUUAUUUGAUGACGUGGAGCUCUCAUAUAGGCCUCUCGGCCAUACAUCGCUCCGUCAUCUUUAUUUGAUGAUGUGGAGCUCUCAUAUAGGCCUAUCGGCCAUACAUCGCCCCGUCAUCUUUAUUUGAUGAUGUGGAACUCUCAUAUAGGCCUCUCGGCCAUACAUCGCUCCGUCAUCUUUAUUUGAUGACAUGGAGCUCUCAUAUAGGCCUCUCGGCCAUACAUCGCCCCGUCAUCUUUAUUUGAUGAUGUGGAGCUCUCAUAUAGGCCUCUCGGUCAUACAUCACCCCGUCAUCUUUAUUUGAUGUCGUGGAGCUCUCAUACGGGCCUCUCGGCCAAACAUCGCCCCAUCAUCUUUAUUUGAUGACGUGGAGCUCUCAUCCAGGCCCCUCAGCCAUGCAUCGCUCCGUCAUCUUUAUUUGAUGACGUGGAGCUCAUCAUACCGGCCACUUGGUCGUCUCUCCUGGUCAUCUUUAUUUGAUGGCUUGGACUUCUUAUAGGCCUCUCGGCCACAUGUCUCGGUCACUUUAUUUGAUGAUCUGGACAUCAUAUUAUGGACGGUCACUCGACCUAUCUCUUAGUCAUCUUUAUUUGAUGAUUGGAACUAACUAAUUAUCAUGCAGAACUACUCACAUCUAGAGACUGGUCUCGGCCAUCCCCUCAGCAGACGGACACCGUUGCACCUCCACACUUAGGCCGAAGGGCUCACCCCUUUUGCUUCAUUUUGGGCGCAUCCGGUGUGCUCUUUUUCCCUCAUUAGGAUUUUUCUCCACUGGGUUUUUUCCUAAUGAGGUUUUUAACGAGGCAUCUCCCUAACGUGGAAAAAAGGUGUCGACCCUCAGUCCCUAUUGAAGACAUCAAGAGACAUGCACUACUCUACUCCUCUUCACCUCACUACAUUCACCUCAAGGAGUGGGGGACUUGAAGAGCGGGGGAGUUAGCGCCUCAAAUUUUUUCACGAAGUUUACUCACCAGACGACGACAGAUCAGCACACAUAUCUACUCCCUUUCGCCUCGAGUACUCUCGACUCAGGGAGUGGGGGACUCCUGAUAGAGUAUAUAGUCUCGGACCCCCGGGUCUCACUACUAUUGGGCCUAGAUAGCGGUCCACACACGCUUAUCGAAUGUCUUUUGUAUUAUUGUACUAUUCAUAUUCCAUCUGUAUGUAUUAGAUUAGUCUUUUAUGUAGUUGGGCCUAUCGGGCCCAUAUUAGCGACCCGACCCAUUAUUUCUCUAUUUAUACUCCUUUUGAAACUUGUAACCCUAGAACACAACUCAUUCAUACAUUACUAUUCAUCAUCCUCUCUACUCCAUAGCUCAAAUCUCUCCUAAUUAUAUAUGUUUGGAUCCUAAUAAUCCAUCACAUACAUACAUACAUACAUACAUACAUACAUACAUACAUACACACACACAUACACACACACACACAGACACACAGACACACACACACACACACACAGACAAACAGACACACAGACACACAGACACACAUACACAUACAUACAUACAUACAUAUUCUGCUGAAUGGAAAAGAAGAAGUCUGAUAGUAUCGUGAUAAAGGCUAAAGGGUUAGUAUAAAUAUUAAUAUAUACAUACAUUUAUAAAUCAUAUUAUUUUUUUUAUCUCAAAUAGUAGAGGUUUAAUAAGAAAACACAUAAUAAAGGCUAAUAAAGGCUAAAGGGUUAGUAUAAAUAUUAAUAUAUACAUACAUUUUUUAUCUCAAAUAGUAGAUGUUCUUUAUUCCACUUAUCCCCACACUUGAAACAAAAACCCUUCCCGGUUCUUUCUUGCAACACAGUUUGUGUCAGCCUCUGUCCAUUUCUCCAGGAGUUAUUGAACCCUGGUUGUUCUCCUGCUUCGUAGUCUGUCACAACCUUGGAAGCAGUUGGGUUAUUAGAAUAGGUUCUCCCUAGUGCUCUCCCCCCAGUGCAAGGAUUUAGUCAGAGUUCCUUCUUUCUCCUACCAACCUCUCUUAUCCUCUUCUGUAUGUUUAGCUGUCCUUACUGCAGCAUUUUUGUCUUCGAGUAACAGUGCAUGGUCCAUAAUCUCCGGUAAGGAUCUCGUAGGAUACAAUUUCAGCUCAGCUCUCACUUCCUCCCUCGAUCCAUUCAUGAAGACCCCUUUCAGCAUCUCAGUGUCUGUAUUCUCUUGGCUCCUUAAGGAUUUUGCACCAAGUCCGGUUGAAAUCUUCGAAUAAGUGCUUCCUGAAAAGUUUCCCAGUUCCUAUUAUAAGUUUGGCCCUCCCACCAUUGGAACCAGUUGAGGGCCUUAUCCUCAUCAGGUAUGUCAUUCAAUCUAAAAAAUCUUUCCACUCAUACUAGCCAGCCAUAAGCGCUGUUCCCAUUGAACAUCGGAAGAUCUAUCUUUCUCCCGUUUCGAUGGUGAACUCUGGUCUUCGAAGUUUCAUGGGUAGCAGAAGAUACUUGGGAUGAUCGCGACUCAUCGCGAGUGCGAGAGGUGCUGUGAUUUUCAUCUGGAGUUCGUCGUCGGAAUUUCAGGAACGUCCUCUGGGUCGACCGUGGUUCUGCUGCUGCCUGCAUGUUGUAUAUCCUCUCGUCCAUCUUUUUACUUCGAUCGAUACACAAUUUAGUGUUCAAACCAAAAAACUUAUGAUUCAAUGAAAAACUCUUAAGAAUAUAUUUUGGACUGUUUUAUAUUUUGGGCUUAAUGGACUGUUUCUUUAUUUUCAGGCCUGUUAGCCCAUUUGUAUAAAUACCCUUUAACUUUGUAAUACUUUUAGGUUUUCACAUUUUCUUCUUCUCCGUAAUCUAUCUUCUUCGAUUCUCUCUGCAAAUCAAUUCUUCCUUCUCGCAAGUCAGAUUUCAAUUCAUAUUACAUUUCACAUGGUAUCAGAUUAAGGUUUAGAUUGACGAGCACUUUGUCACGGUGCGUCAAAAUAAAUUCAUUACUAAACACUUAUACGUAGUAUAGCGUAGUAGAGUUCGUAUCCAUAGGGAAAGGAAUGAUUUUCUUUUUAUGAAACUAAUAAUUAAAAGGGGGGUUUUGGUUUUGAGUGAUUUAAUUCAAUUAAGAAACUAAGAUGAACAACCUAUAUGUGUUUAAUUCAAAGAUAAAAAGGUCUUGGCAUUGCUACUUUCCACUUGUUGAUAUAUUUUAGUCGAUCAUUGUUAUAUCUAUAACUUAUUCCCUCUCGAACACUCAAUCGGGGAGUAUAUCCACUUCAUCGAGGGUAGUUAUUAACAACGACCGUUCAUUAAUAACCCUUACUAUUAAUCAAAUAUAGAACAACGCCUUAUACCGAUUUAAUAGUAGCAUUUAAUCUUUCUAACUCCUUGAUGAAAACAAUUGAGAUUGAUAACCUCAACACAAGCGAUUUCGGUUUAACCAACAAAAUUAAUCCCUCUUAAGUUUAUUAACCACGACCGUGCAUUAAUAAACCGAAGUUACUUACUUGUGAAACCAUCAACGAUUAACCAUCGGUUCGUUGAUCGUUUCUAGUAAUAAUUAAUAUAUGAAACAAAACUAGUUGAUCCUUUAAGUAAUGUUCAAAAUAUUAAUAUGAAAUAAGAGUAGGGAUUAAUUAAUAUUCAAGGAAGAAUAUUAUUAAUGAAGAUGAAUCCUACUAUAAUUAAUAUCAAGAUGUUAACUAAUUGUCAUCUUAGCAACACUCCUCAAUAUUAAUAUAGAGGAAGAAAAUACCAUUCUAACUAAUGUCGAGAUGUUAACUAAUUGUCAUCUUAGCAACACUCCCCAACAUUAAUAUAGAGAUGAUAUUAAGGAAAGAACUAUUAAUUAAUAUUCAAGGAAAGAAGUUAAGAAAAUAACUCACAACUUUAAUAAUCAACAAGCUUCAAGAGCAACACCAAGAAUGGAAGUUUAGCACCUCAUUUGGAGACUAAACAUAGCUAGAAAAAUAUAAAGAAAUGCUAUUCUAAACUGAGCUAAAGAGUAUGGAAGAAGGGAUUAUUUUUAGGGAAGAAAAAGAGUGCUAUUUAUAGGUGUUUUUCAACACCUUUGGUCGGGUACCCGACCGGGUCAAGUACUCACCCGACCGGGUCCGGUCAAAAUCAGAUAUUUCCUCACGUUCUGGUGAUCUUCGGCAUGUUAAAGUGUCCGGGUCAAGUCAGACCCGACCGGGUGGGGUAGGGGACCCGACCGGGUGAGUGCAAAAAUUGGAUUUUCUACACGUUCGGGUGAUCUUUGCACACCGGGUUGUCCCCGGUCACUUCUCACCCGACCGGGUGAGGUAGUGGGCCCGACCGGGCCAUGCACUUUCUUUGCAUUUUCGUUUUUCACUUCUUACCCGACCGGGUCAAGUAUUAUACCCGGUCGGGUAUUUGCUCCUGGGCAGCCAAAUCUUCUUUUCUUCACUUCAAAGUCUUCCUUUCCAAACCAUAAAUCCUAACUAAACUUUACAACUGACAAAAAUAGACUAAAAUACAAUUACAACUUGAAAUCACAUAAAUGUUUACAAACUAAAUAAAACGUCAAACAAUUAACAUAAAUCACACAUAAAAACAUGUAAUUAUGCACUACUAAUUAGUGUGCAUCAGAUUCAAUUCUCCGUAAUCUAUCUUCUUCGAUUCUCUCUGCAAAUCAAUUCUUCCUUCUCGCAAGUCAGAUUUCAAUUCAUAUUACAUUUCACAUGGUAUCAGAUUAAGGUUUAGAUCCUUACUGAUUCAAUCGAUUCAAUCGAUCUUCUUUCUAAUCGAUUUCUAUAAUCGAUUCAUAGUUUUUUUUUCGUUUGCAUCUUCCGCAAACCCUAGCUUCGAUGGCCCUGCAGAUAAAUCCUAUUGACAAUUCUUCAUCGCCCUACUACCUUCAUCCAAGCGAUCAUGCUGGACUUCGCAUCAUCUACGAGACCUUCACUGGCGAAAACUUCGGUGCUUGGAAGAAAUCGGUCACCAUGGCCAUGGCGGUGAAGAACAAGAUGGGAUUCCUUGACGGAUCAUUUGCUCAGCCGACUACAGAUAACUCCAUGUACUCUCACUGGUAUCGUAUUAAUGCUCUUCUCUUAUCCUGGCUGAUAUACUCUAUUUCUCCUACUCUUAGAACUACCUUUCUCUCUUUUAUCAAUGCUAAGGAUCUCUGGGAUGAGGUACAACUUAGGUAUGGUAAAAUUGAUGGUCCUAGACUUUUUCAACUUGAAAAAACCCUAGGAAAUCUUUGUCAAGGUUCUCGUACUAUCACUGAUUACUAUAAUUCCUUUAAAGAAAUUUGGGAUGAAUACUGUAAUUUCAGAAUCAUCCCUUCUUGUACUUGUGGCCAUUGCACUUGCAAUAUAUCUGAAACCACUCUAUCUGGUAUUUACUCUAUUCUUCUUCAAGAAGAAUCUCAAAGAACUCUUCAGAAUUCUAUCUCUUUCACAAAUUCUUUUUCAGAUUCUUCUGUAUCUGAAAAACUUAAUAAUGAUGCUACGGCUUUCUAUGUUAAGAAUUUUAAAAAGAAAAGUUCUAUUAUCUGCAAUCACUGUGGCUAUCAAGGUCACUCUUCUGAUAAAUGUUUCCAACUCAUUGGUUAUCCUACUAACUGGAAAGACCCAAAAGGUCAAAUUCUUGCUCCUGGUUUUAAACCAAAUCUCAAUUCCAAUAAAAAUCAUCAUGCUAAUCUGGCUGCCAACUCUACUGAACCUGAUUUAACUCCUACACAUUACACUGAAUCUGCUCCACCUUCAAACAACACCAAUUCUGCUACCACUGAAUUCUGUGAUCCCAACUUGUAUGAAAAGUUCCUGCAAUUCAUCCAAGCUCAACAGCCUAAAACUGCUUCUGUCAAUGCUGUCACCAUUGCUUCUGAAGAUGGUCUUAAUUCUUCAAACAAUGCUUCACAGUUUUUAGGUAAACACUUUGCUUUAGCAUCUUUUACUUCUUCUAAAUGGAUUCUUGACACAGGAGCAUCUGAUCAUAUGAUCUAUGAUGCUUCCCUUUAUACUACUCCAACUAAAGAUGUUUCAAUUAAUAUUCAACUUCCUACUGGUAACUACAUUUCUGCCACUAAAAUUGGUAAUAUAACUUUAAACCCCAAUCUUACUUUAUAUAAUGUUUAUAUGUUCCUAACUUUACUUUCAACCUUAUUUCUAUUUCCAGUUUAACUUCUCAUGAUAAUAUCUCAGUCUAUUUUUCAUCUAACCGUGCUAUAUUGCAGGACCACCUUACCAGCAAAAUGAUUGGCUUUGCUGAUCUAAGGAAUGGCCUCUAUUACUAUAAUCCAGAUUCCUCUUUAGAUCAUUUUUCUACUGCUUACUCUGCUAAUAGUCAAAAUAAUGUCUCUAUUGCUACUCUUUGGCAUUUUAGACUUGGACAUUUACCCUUUAAUAAAAUUUUCAUGCUUCCUGAUUGUAAUGUUUCCAAUAAUGAAAACCAUUGUUCUCCUUGUGAUAUUUGUCAUUUUGCUAAACAAAAGAAACUUCCUUUUCC